GACGGCGGUGGAUGGUCGCAUCAAUGCGGUGGUGGGCGGGCCGAACUGCCGCAAGGAAUUAUCCAUUCCCAGAUGGACGCCAAGGCCUGCAAGAUCGAUGGAGAAGCUCUUCUCAUUGAGGAUGACAAGCAGAUGGCUCCGGAGGGUGACAUCCUGAUGUUCCGGAUGAUCAUGAUCUACAUUACAACCAAGACGGAUCUGUGGAAAAGGCUCAAGCAGACGGAAAACCUGCGGGAGUGGACUUUUUUCGGCAGGGAGACCUUGGAGGCGCUGCA